GCGAGACUUUUACCCCCCAACCGCCUGCGCCCGCUGCAGCGGUGCAGCCGGCGGGGAUGGCGAGCCCCGGAGCCCGGGCGGGUACGACAGCCGCGGCGCCGCCAUUGGCUGAGGAGGCCUGAGAGCCGGGCCGGCUUGUGACUAGGAGAGGCCGAGGCGAGUGGCCCCGGGAGAGCCGAGGCCAUGGACGCCAGCCUGCCGAAGCGGAAGGAGCCCGGCAAGUCCCUGCGCAUCAAAGUCAUCUCCAUGGGCAACGCCGAGGUGGGCAAAAGCUGUAUUAUCAAGCGAUACUGUGAGAAAAGAUUUGUGUCGAAAUACCUUGCAACAAUUGGAAUUGACUAUGGAGUCACAAAGGUACAAGUCAGAGACAGAGAGAUCAAAGUGAACAUCUUUGACAUGGCUGGACACCCCUUCUUCUAUGAGGUGCGCAACGAGUUCUACAAGGACACGCAGGGCGUGCUGCUGGUCUACGACGUGGGGCAGAAGGACUCCUUUGAGGCCCUGGACACGUGGCUGGCGGAAAUGAAGCAAGACCUUGGGCCUCAUGGGAACAUGGAAAACGUGGUCUUCGUAGUGUGUGCCAACAAGAUUGACUGCACCAAGCACCGCUGUGUGGAUGAAAGUGAAGGGCGUCUUUGGGCCGAAAGCAAAGGGUUCCUGUACUUUGAAACUUCAGCACAAACCGGAGAGGGAAUUAAUGAGAUGUUCCAGACCUUUUAUGCAUCCAUAGUUGACUUAUGUGAAAAUGGCGGGAAACGUCCUAUCCCAAAUAGCAGUGCCAGUUUCACCAAAGAACAAGCAGACACCGUUCGCAGAAUUCGGAAUUGUAAAGACAGUUGGGACAUGUUGGGAGUCAAACCCGGAGCCUCAAGGGAGGAGGUGAACAAGGCCUACCGGAGGCUCGCCGUGCUGCUGCACCCCGACAAGUGUGUGGCGCCGGGCAGUGAGGACGCCUUCAAGGCGGUGGUGAACGCCCGCACGGCCGUCCUGAAAAACAUCAAGUAGGCCGUGCGGAGAGGACGCGGGGGCUCCGUCCAGACAGGCCUCCCUGGAGGCGCAGCAGCCGGCGUGGGCUUCCCUCCGCAGACUCCCUGCUCCUUCCCGUGUGUGUCAGCCCCACGUCAGCCAUCCGGCGCCUGCUGCCAUUUCACAGGGGGCGAGGGAACCACGUCUGCGCGGCGCUCAUCGCACAUUCCAAGUUGACUCCCGCAGGCCCCUUGCCCAGGAGGGUCCACAGGUUUCUGGAGGGAGGACAGGAAGACCCUUCACCUUGUCUCUUUUUUAUUAAUUCACCAUCAGAAGAAAAACUAGCAGACAGUAUCGAAACCCCUGGAAGUUGGUGUGACCUCACAAGCAAGUUGCUCCUUUUAGAAUGAGUCCUUAGGUGGCCUCGUAACCAUCCAUCUAAAAUUAAUGCACUCUUAGAGCCCUUUGGAAGUUUGUGAAACAGCGAUGCGAUUCUGAAGUAAGCAGCCCUUUUUUGACAUUUAGUCUGUUCCCUUCUCUGACCACCAGGGGGAGAGACGAGCCAGUCCUAAGGGUAAAAGCUAGUUGCGCCCCUGGAUCUGAGGUCGCUCCCUGGCUGUGGAAAUGGGUGCUGGUUGCUGUGGGGAGCAUCAUCACCUGGGAAUGAGGAGUCGCACCCAAGACAAGGGCUUGCAGGGCACCCUGGAUUGUGCACACAUCGCCAGGGGCUGCAGCCCGGCUCAGGCACAUUGGAUGCCUUAGCGCUCGGAGCCCCCAUGUGAGGUUUAUGCCUUUUGGUUUCUGCGUUAUUUGCUGCAGACAAAUACCGGUGGGAAAGGCAGGGGUGCUGCCCAACGAGCCAGGUCUCCUCAGUGUUAGCUCCUCUGGAGCCUCCUUGUUCUGUAUACUACAUCCGCCAUCAUUCCUCUCAGUCCCUGGCUUCCACCCACUGCCUCCCUUAUAAGCCGGGCCUGGGUCUGGGUGACCAGAGGCUCGUGUGGGGGGUGAGAGCUCAAGGAGGUCUUAAAGCCUGUGUGGGAGGAAUCGCCGUAAUUUUGCUUGGGUCCCAAUUUUCUGAAUAGUGAUAUUUUAAACCACAGAUUAUAAAAACUACACGGAGAAAAACCCAUUUCCCCAUAGUCUCCGCUCGGUCUCCCAGGGAUGGGUGAUCACGCCUGGCCUUUCUCUCAGGUGGGGCCUAUCGCCUGUCACUCUCAUGACGAUGCUCAUGUGUUGAGCUGUGAUCGUGCUGCACUGACUGGGGCUUUAAGGUACAUAGGGCACUGCUUCCUGUGAGCUUCACCAGCUCUCCCACAUAGAUGGCCAGGCAGCGUGCCUACACUCAGGAGGAAGGCACUUCCAUCCAUUCACGCCCUCUGUGGUCUGGGUUCUUGCCCUCCCAAAGCAGCUGCAUUCCGUGGCUGCCCUGGGGCCGCAGGGAGCUUGUCAGGAAACCAGAGCAUUGUUUUCUGGUAGGUUCUCUCAAUUUUUUCUGAAUUGAGAUCUGAGAUACGAUUUCUGGUGGGGUUUUCCUCUGGCUGUUUGAUUUUAACCAGUUCUGGGCCUGUAGGACUCCAACCCAACAAUGCUUAAGGCCGAUAAUGCUUAAGGCCGCCACCAUGCCUACAGUAUGAGCAUCGCUCUGCUGGCUGGCUGCAGAACUGAGGAGUCGUGUGGUGAGGGAUCCCGCAUGCCAUGUCAGCCCAAGGGGACCUGCCCACUCGCUGAGUGUGGGGCCCUGUAUAAGCAGCUGGGGCCAGUUUUCAUUCUGUCCUCCAGCCCUGGGUCGGCCACCUCACUCACCUGCAGUGAGAGCGUGCGUCUGGGGGUGGAGUGGGUGUUCUUUAGCCUUCCAUCCGUACCCCUGGGUAGCGACUGGCUUGUUGAAAUUCAGCCUGCUCCUGCUCUCAGGUCCUGGGACUCAGGUCCCAGCACCUUUGUUGUGAGUUAGUGUACACGGCCAUGAGCUGCUUAACUUAUGGCAAAGCAGGAGAGGAAGCCAGGAUUUUAUGACUUCCAUAAUUCUUGAGUAGAAUAUUAGAAGGUAAUGAAGCAUGAACAGCAAUGAGAAGUGUUCUUAGUACUAAUUUUAUACAAACUUACAGACCUCUGUGCAGUAACUUCUUGGUGCAAUGCCCUUUAUAAUUCAAUCUUAAAAUUAUUCAGUCAGAGCACAUCAGUGAGAGUAACAGCAGAAUAAUUGCAAUGGCUAAAAAAAAUUUUUCUAGAGAGAAUUCAAAAAGGAAUAAAAAGUUUGAACAGUUAUUACUAAAGAAAAGCCGUUCCUUCCACAUCUGAGUCACCAAAACUUGUUAGAAACCCCUGGAGGCAUUUCAGACUCAUCAUCCAACCCACCCACGCACUUAGCCUGCACCGCCUCUGCCCGCUGCCUCUCCUGCCGCCUCCAUUAGAGUAGAUUCUGGACCAUCAGCAUUUCUGAGUCCCCGCUGGCAUUUGCUGCUUCACAUGAGCGUGUCCUGGGCGUUGUCAGUCUUAGCGGACUAUGCUGCUGCCCCACAUAGCUGCUCUCAUGCUGUAGCUCGCACUGUUCUUUAAGGCUCACAUUUACCUCAGGAAACUUACCUUAUGUUCUCAGCAUUGAACUCAAUGUUUUUUAUACCCAUAAGCGAGAACCUGCUUCACUGUUAGCCCCAUGAGCCAUAGGCAAGCAGCUGAGUUUCUGAAAGAAAGCAGUGAGUGCAGCCCGGAAUGAGGUCGCCGCCCCUCGCAGACAGGGACAGUGUAGAGGGGUGAGGGGUUUCCGUUUCAGGUUGGAAGGGGUGAGCUGUUGCACACAGUGUGUGACAGUGACAGCUCGCUGGGUCUGCCUGUGAUUUGGCAAAACUUUUGAAAACGAAUUUAGCUGCAAAAUAUAGCUAACCACCUUCCAUUGCAAAUUCUGCAAAGUGGAAAGAGGUUCGGACGUGGGAUUGGAAUUGAGCACAACUGUAAGAUACACUGGAUACUAUUUGCACAUUGGUUUUCCCAUGAGACACCUCUGGAGAAGACGGCCGUUUAAACUGUGAUGUGGGUGCAUCUGCUUGUUGGAACAGGCAGUGCCGAUGGCUGUGCAGUGAAGGCGGGGUGGGGUGGGGGGUGGACCGUUUGGAAGGCUUCCUGCAUCGGUUGCCCUUUGACUGUGAAUGCAGAGUCUCUAAACAGACCAUUUCUCUUACGAGGUGAUUCACAUUUGCUUUCUAUUGCAAUAACUGAAAGUGUUAAAUCCAGCAGUUGUUUAUGUCGUGUAUAGAGAGUGUCCUAUGUAUUUAAGUUGUGUAUUUUUAUAAAGUAAAGCCAAAUAUCACACA